AUUAAUUAUAUGUAGUGCUUAGUCAGGAAUUUAAUGUAAGUCAAUAAAAUGACAAAACAAACAAUAAAAUCGUCCCCUGUGUUGGUAACAGGUGGCACCACAAGUGUGAUUUUGGAUUUGUCCUACACUGUGAGCAUCUGGAUCUCUGUCAUCGUCAUCAUUGUCUACACGCUGCUGGGCGGACUCUACUCUGUGGCCUACACUGACAUCAUACAGCUCGUCCUAAUAUUCAUCACCCUGUGGACCUGUGUCCCCUUUGUCUUCAUGAACCCCUCCUCCCUGGACAUCACCCAGACGGCCCUGAACUACACCUUUCGUGCUCCAUGGAUCAAUAAACUGGAGAGCAAGUUUGCCUGGACGACCAUCGAUGGUUUCUUAUAUCUGUCACUGGGAAGUCUGGGAUACCAGUCCUUCCACCAGAGGACCUUGUCAGCUUCGUCCUCGUCUUCUGCAAAGAUGUCUUGCUUUGUUGCUGCUUUCUGUAUUCUUAUUUUUGGAAUACCUCCAAUCCUUAUUGGGGCAGUGGCUGCAUCUACAGACUGGAACCUCACUUCUUAUGGUUCUCCAUCUCCCCUGGAUCGUGGAGAGGGAGCCAUGGUCCUGCCCAUCACCCUGCAUCACCUCACCCCAAGCUUCAUCGCCCUCAUUGGUACCGGAGCCAUCGCCGCUGCUGUCAUGUCAUCAGCUGACUCUGCUCUACUCGCCAUAGCCUCCAUCUUCACCUCCAACAUCUACAAGACGAUCCUGAGACCUCAGGCGUCACAGAGAGAGCUUCAGUGGGUGAUCUAUGUGUCUGUGGUGGCGGGGGGCCUGGCCUGUACAGCACUCACCAACCUGAAGAACAGUGUCGUAAUACUGCUGUUACUUGGUAGCGAGCUGGCCUACAUCUUGACCUUCUCUCAGCUCAUCUGCGCCCUGUUCUUCAGCAUCUCCAACGGUUAUGGGGCUGUUAUCGGCUGGGUGACAGGGCUGGUGUUAAGACUGCUGAGUGGAGUCCCAUUUCUGGGGGUAGCGCCAGUCAUACACUUCCCAGGAUGCACUCUUGAGGAUGGCAUUUACGUCCAGUACGCUCCCAUUAAGACCAUCGCGAUGCUUGCUGCCUUUGCUGCCAACUUGUUGUUCUCGUACCUGGCGUCGGUGCUCUUCAACAGAGGCCUGCUUCCUCAGUGGUGGGAUGUGUUUGAGGUGAAAGCUCCGCCCUCGCCACGACCUCUUACACCAACAGACGCUGAAGAAAAACACAACAAGAUGGAGAAGUUGGAUGAGAAACAAUCUCAUCAAGAAGCUUCAGAGCCGAUGAUUAGCACCACGUGUUAAAUGUUCUCUGUGCGUCAGAAUAUCUUUACAGUUGAUGUUUAAGUGUAUGUCUUUAAGGGGAUUGACCUACAGAUGAUGAAGGGUGUCACUGUUUGUCUCUGGUCUCUCUUGUUCCCUCCUCUGGACCU